GCGGAGGGCGGGGGGAGGCCGGUGCCCGAGCCAAGAUGGCGGUGCAGGAAUCAGCCGCUCAGCUCUCAAUGACUCUGAAGGUGCAGGAGUACCCCACUCUCAAGGUGUUAUAAGCUAACACACUUGAGGAGAGGAAGCACACCAUUUUUCUGACCCUUGAAAGGAAAGCAUAGUUCUGUAAUGGUUCCCCCCACCUAAUCGGGUGCCAUACGAAACACUGAACAAACGAUUCCGAGCUGCACAGAAGAACAUUGAUCGAGAGACCAGCCACGUGACCAUGGUGGUGGCGGAGCUGGAGAAGACACUGAGCAGCUGCCCUGCUGUGGACUCAGUUGUCAGUCUCCUGGAUGGAGUCGUUGAAAAACUCAGCGUUCUGAAACGCAAGGCCGUUGAGUCAAUCCAGGCUGAGGAUGAAAGUGCGAAGCUCUGCAAGCGCAGGAUUGAACAUCUGAAGGAGCACAGCAGUGACCAGCCAGCUGCUGCCAACAUGUGGAAGAAGAAGCGCAUGGAUCGUAUGAUGGUGGAGCAUCUCCUGCGCUGUGGCUACUACAACACAGCUGUGAAACUAGCCAGACAAAGUGGGAUUGAGGAUUUGGUAAAUAUUGAGAUGUUUUUGACUGCAAAAGAAGUGGAAGAGUCAUUGGAAAGACAAGAGACUAUGACUUGCUUGGCUUGGUGUCAUGACAACAAAUCCAGACUUAGAAAAAUGAAGGGGCACCAAACUGAGAACGUGCUGAAGAUGGGAUGCAAGAGUCAAUCAGCCAGUCAUUACUCUAGAGAAAAUUAUGACCUUGUUAUGGAAACCAUUAAAGGAAAACCAGAAUUGAGCUGUCUGGAGUUCAGCCUAAGGAUUCAGGAGUUCAUUGAACUCAUUCGACAGAACAAGAGACUGGAUGCUGUGAGACAUGCAAGAAAGCACUUCAGUCAGGCUGAGGGAAGCCAGCUGGAUGAGGUUCGACAGGUGAUGGGAAUGUUGGCCUUUCCCUCAGACACUCAUAUCUCUCCCUAUAAGGAUCUCUUGGACCCUGCUCGAUGGAGAAUGCUGAUCCAACAGUUUAGAUAUGAUAACUACAGACUACAUCAGCUGGGAAACAAUUCUGUUUUUACUAUAACACUCCAGGCAGGCCUUUCAGCUAUAAAAACACCACAGUGUUAUAAAGAGGAUGGGAGCUCAAAAAACCCCGACUGCCCUGUGUGUAGCAAAUCCCUGAACAAGCUGGCUCAGCCCCUGCCUAUGGCACAUUGUGCCAACUCCCGACUAGUCUGCAAGAUUUCGGGGGAUGUAAUGAACGAAAAUAAUCCUCCUAUGAUGUUACCAAAUGGAUAUGUCUAUGGCUACAAUUCUCUGCUUUCUAUUCGUCAAGAUGACAAAGUAAUUUGCCCAAGAACCAAAGAAGUCUUCAACUUCUCACAAGCUGAGAAAGUCUACAUCAUGUAGGUCUGUAAAACACACGAUGAAGUGCCGCUGGAAUUUUGACACAGUGUAUUUUGGCAUACCCUGUAAAGGGGGGGGCCUUAAUGUGUGGCAAAGAAGCAAAAGCUGCCACCUUGGGGAGCAGACCUGUCGGUGGCAUUAUUGUUUCUUGCGACCAAAGAUCAAUGAGCAACAAUAAACACUCUUGAAAGGAAAAAAAAAAAAAAAAAAAAAAAAGGAAAAAAAAAAAAGAGAGCAAUUAUGACUUAAGUUUGUACUUGAAUAAAAACCACAAAAACAAAUUUUGAUUGUUAAGGUUUUGUAACAUAAGGUCAAAAAUUGGACUCUUCUCAAAGAAAAGUACUUUCAUCUUCUAAAGGAUAGCUUUCUUUAAAGAUGGACACUUGCACUGGGGGAAAAGUUACAACAGAUUUGAAAUGAAAUCCAUUUUUCUUCCCUCUUUUUCACAAUUGUCCAAGACCCUUUUGUUAUCAAAGAUCUCAGUACUACCAACGUGUUCUCCUUUAAGCUCCUCUUUGCCUUCUUUAUGAUCCUCUGGUGAAGUAAUCCUGAACAUGAAUGAUGUAACUUAUUUCCAUGGGAAGAUAUUUUUGAUGUCUUUGACACAAGGUGGCUUCUCUGGAGGAUCAAAUAGGGACUGUUUCAAGGAGUUUGAAGUCUUUUUCCAAACCCAAAUAUUUUAAGGAGGUUGCAUAAGUAUCAAGAAGAACAGAGAACAUUUCAGGCAAAAUCCAAUGCUUGUUUAAAUGUUCUUUUUCCAGUCUACCAUAGUGUUAAAGUCCUUCUAAAGUUAUUAGUUAUGUGCAUAAGGUUCAAUAUGAAAUCAUUAGUGCUACUGCCUUAUUUCUUGCUUUGAGAAUGUACUCACAUGACAAUGAGCUGGUAUUCUUAAGUGUUGGGCGAAGUUUCUGAAGAUGCCUUGCAGGAUGAUUACAUAAUUUUAGGGUCUAAAUAGUAUUCAUUACUGAAACUAAUAGUUCAAUUUUAACAACUGCAGAACACAUCCUUAUGACUUUUCAAAAGAAUUAAACCAUUGUAGUUUAAACAAAACCAUAUUGUAGAGGUUUGUAUUUAGCGCUUAUUUUUGCAUGUUGAUGUUGAUUAGCUAAUAAAAGAUUGUAAAUGUAAGACAUGUUAAUAAAAAUUGUUUUCCAUUUCUUGAUUAUA